AUGUGGAAGAAGAUGAAAACAACAGAACAGAUUGUUCCCGGGCAGGUGGCAAUCAAAAGGAGGUCGAGAGUUCCUGGCGUCAUGAUUACACAAUACGUGGAGGUUGUUCCAGAGGGAAAGAGCACCCCAGACUUUACCCGGAAACCCAUCGCCUUAACUAUUCAGGAGGGUAGAUUAGCCUUCUUCAAAGCGGUUGUAACUGGGGAUCCUGCACCAACUGUAACAUGGACGAGAAACAAAGGAGAUACAUCGGAUCCAGAAAAAUACCACCCUUCAUUUGACGAAAAGACUGGUGAAUACAUCUUACAGAUCCCAAAUGUAAGUGCAGAGCAAGCAGACACCUACAAAUGCUUUGCUACUAAUGAGUUUGGAAAGGCUGUUAGCACUGCUACAUUGAAUGUUAUUGAAGUGGCAUACAAGAAGGGAAAGCAACAGGAAGCUCCAACAAAGGAUCCGGCAGAUUUUAGAAAAAUGCUGAAGACACGUGUUGUACGUGCAAAAAAACCAGCACCAAAGAAGGAAGGAGAAAUAGAUGAAAAGGUCUGGGAAAUCUUACUGAGUUCACCAAGGAAAGACUAUGAACAUAUCUGUGCUGAGUAUGGUAUCACUGACUUCCGCUGGAUGCUGUCAAAACUAAACCAGAUGAAAAAGGAGAGAGAGGAAGAACAAGCAAAGUUUGUUGAGGCCAUUUCUAACCUGAGACAUAUUGAGGUUAAAACAGAUGGUACAGCAAUGUUUGAAUUCGACAUGGAACUAAAGAACCCCAACAGUCCGAUUUUCCUCUAUAAGGAUGGUGAAAUGAUUCCUUACAGCUAUGACAUGGGAAUGAAGCACAAUCUGAAACAAACUGGCACAAGAUAUGUGUUCAGCAUCAGGGAUCUCAUGCCAGAGGAUGCUGGGCUGUACCAAGUGGAUGUUGAGGACAUUAAUGUCUUCUCUACUGAUUUCAAGAUCAUUCCUGUUGAGUUUAUCGUCAAGAUUCAGGAAGUGAAGGCCAUGGAGAGAGAGGACGCUGUCUUUGAGUGUGUUUUAUCCCACCCCUUUUCCAAGAUUAUAUGGAUGGGUAAAAACGCUCCACUGGAGCAAGGGGAGAAGUAUGACAUCACAGUGUCUGAAGACAAGCUCAUCCACAGAUUAGUGGUGAAGGACUGUAUGCAGGUGGAUAAGGGCAUCUAUGCAGCGAUUGCUGGUAUCAGAUCCUGCAGUGCCUGGCUGAUAGUUGAAGCUGACGAUGAUCCAAGCAUGCGUGGCAAAAAGAAACCCCGAAGAACCACGCAAGCGGGUGGAGCAGGAGAGGACUUAGAGAAAAUAGCCCGAGAGCAGCAAGCGAAACUGCAGAAGGAGAAGGAAGACCUGGAGGCAGCAAAAAGGGCCCAAGCAGAGAAGGAUGCAGCUGAUGCAGCCGAGAGAGGCAGUGGAGAUGGAGGAGAUGGUGGCGCUGGAGACGGCUCAGGACUGGGUGACGGAUCAGGGCUGACAGGGGCAGGAGGCGAUGGAUUGGGAGUAGACGGUUCUAGAGGUUGUGGAUCAGGGUUGGACGGUUCAGCAGGUGAUAUAGUAGGGCUACAUGGUCAUGGGGGUAACAAAUCAGGACUGGAUGGUUUAGGAGGUGAUGGACAAGGGCUAGAUGGUCAUGGGGGUGUCAAGUCAGGACUGGACAGGGCAGGACAUGAUGGACUAGGACUAGCUGGUCGUGGGGGUGGCAAAUCAGGACUAGAUGAGGCCGGAGGUGAGGGACUAGGACUAGAUGGUCAUGGGAGUAACAAAGCAGGACUGGAUGGGGCAGGAGAUGAUGGAUUAGGGGGCAGUACAUCUGGGGGUGAUGGGGUACGAGGUGAUGGAUCUAGGGCUGAUGGGUCUGGGAGCGCCGGGGCAGGUGGAGAUGGAGCGGAUGGCAAGAAGAAGAAGCGAAGCAGGACAGGCCCACUGGUGCCAGACACUGUCAGAGAUCCUGGUGUGCACUUCAUUGGUGGCUUGGAAGAUGUCAAUGCCAUCCUGGGUCAAUCAGCAGAGCUGGUCUGUAAGCUGAGCAGUGAAAAAUGUACUGGAGCCUGGUACAAAGACGGGAAGAAGCUGUCCUCUACAGAUGGAUUGUCUAUCAAAAGGGAUGGAGCCUACCACAAACUGAUAAUCAAUAAUUGCCAUGAAAGUGAUACAGGGAAAUACCGCUUUGAGGCAGAUGGACGUAAAACAGAAGCAAUGCUGAUUGUUGAAGACCCACCCAGGUUUGAUCCUGAAGCCCUGGGAGAAUUCUCAAAGCCAGUCAUUGUGAAAGCAGGUGAAAAAGCUGCUUUUAAGAUGCCCUUUGUGGGCCGGGAUCCAAUGAAGGUGCAGUGGUACAAGGAGGGUGAGGAGCUGUUGGAUGGUACCAAUGUCAAGUUGGAGAUAACGCCCAAUCACAGCCGCCUGCUUCUCAGCAAAUGCCAAAGAAGAGACACUGGAGAAAUCAAGAUAAAGAUUAAGAAUGAGUUUGGUAUCAUUGAGGCCACAUCCAAACUCGUUGUCCUUGACAAGCCCACCCCACCACAACAACCAGUUGAAGUUAUUGAAAGCUCUGCUAACUGCAUUGAAUUCAAGUGGAGGCCCCCAAAAGAUGAUGGUGGUUCUCCUAUCUUAAAUUACAACCUGGAGCGUCAGCAGGUGGGACGUAACACCUGGAAGAAGAUAGGGGACAUCCCUGGCAACCCUCCUACCUACAAGGACACAGAUGUGGAUCAUGGCAGAAAGUACUGCUACCGCAUCAAGGCCAUUACUGGGGAGGGUGUCAGUGAGGUGAUGGAGACAGAUGACAUCAUGGCUGGCACCAAAGCAUACCCUGGUGCACCUGCUGCACCCAAAGUGGUCAGUGCUUUCAAGGACUGCAUCACUCUGUCAUGGGCUGCCCCAACCAACAGUGGAGGAACCAGCAUUGUGGGCUACAACCUGGAGAAACGCAAGAAAGGCAGCAACCUCUGGAGCCCAGUGAACCCAGUGGAGGAACCUAUUAAAGAAAAAAAGUAUUCUGUCAAAGAUGUCAUUAAAGGAAUGGAGUAUGAAUUCCGUGUAUCAGCAGUAAACUUUUCUGGGGCUAGUGAACCUAGCACCCCAUCUGAGGUUGUGAUUGCAAGAGACCCCAGAAAGCCCCCUGGCAAAGUUCUCAACCUCAAGGUGACAGACUCCUCCUACACCACCUUGUCCCUGGCAUGGACUAAACCUAAGGAGGAGAAGGGUGUGCAAGAUGAAGUGAAAGGAUAUUUUGUAGAAAUCAGGCCAGCAGACAACCCAGACUGGCAUCGCUGUAACACUAAUGCUAUUAACAUGACCAGCUACACUAUAAAGGGUCUGAAGUCGAUGGAAACGUACUGGGUGAGGGUGAUCGCCACCAAUGAAGGAGGGGAGGGGGAGCCCCAAGGUCUGGACAAGUAUAUCAUUGCCAUGCCUCGCCCGGUGAGGCCCAGGUUCACAGAUUCAAAAAUGAAGACUUUCAUGGUGGUCCAAGCAGGAAAUUCUCUACGAGUCAACAUCAGUUUUGAGGCUUCCCCUUUGCCAGAAAUCACUUGGCUGAAAGAUGGCAUGCCUGUGUCUAAACGGGUAACCAUUAGCAACACUGAGGGGGGAUCACAGCUCCUGAUUGCCUCGUCAGAGCGCUCUGACACAGGUGUCUACACCAUAAUAGUCAAGAACUUGGUUGGCCAGGAAACAUUCAGUGUGGAGGUCAGAGUCACAGAUGACCCCAAGCCCCCAGGCCCAUUGGAGCUGCAGGAGAAUGUUCCAGGCACGGUGACUGUCUCCUGGACACCCUCUCCAGAUGAGAAACGUGACGACAGGCUGCACUACAUGGUGUCCAAACGUGACUCCAUCAAGCGAACCUGGCACACCGUAGCUGACCACCUCUUCAAUAACAGGUUCACUGCCUGCAAUAUCAUGCCUGGGCGGGAGUACUACUUCCGAGUGUAUGCCAAGAACGACAUGGGCCUCUCCGAUCCUUCUGAAUCACCAGCCUGGGGAAUCAAAAAGAGAAGAGAGAAGUUCACAGUGAGUGUGCCUGUGUAUGAGGCCUGCAGCUUUGACAUGCCACCAUCUUUUCUGGUCCCUUUGAAGAUACGUUCUCCCCCGAAUGGCUACGAGUGUUAUAUGAGCUGUGCUGUGAGGGGUGACCCUGCACCCCAUGUCACAUGGUACUGCAACAACAUCAGCCUAAACACAAAUACCAACUACUACAUCAAAAAUGUAUGCGGUGUCUGCUCCAUGCUCAUCCUCAGGGUUGGGCCCAAGGACACGGGCGAGUACAAAGUCAUUGCGGAGAACCGUCUGGGCCGGGCAGAGUGUUCAACCAAUCUCAGUGUCAGAGUGGACUACCACUAG